AUGGCUAUCAAGACAAUUUUCACCGAGUCAGUUUUGGCUAAAUAUGUCCGGACAAUCAAGGCGACCCCUAGGAGCCUGAUGGUCAACAAAAGCCUAUUGUUCUCUUGCGCGGUGUACGCAUUAGCAGGGCUUCCAACCACCUGGGACCAAGGAUCUUCAUCUGUUGUACCGUCCCUUCCAGGCUUUCAAAAGCAUUUCGACAUCAAGUCGGGUGCUAGAGCGGAUGAUAUCCAGAACUUUAUAUCAAUCAUCUACAUCGGCUACGCUGUCGGUGCUGCUGGGUCCUUCUUCAUCAACGACCGAAUCGGACGUCGAUGGUCCUUCCGGCUUUACACGGCUGUCUGGAUCCUUGGACAGAUUGUUGCUACUCUCGCUCCCGGCUGGCCCGCUUUAUAUGCGGCCCGUAUCAUCUCGGGAAUGGGCAUCGGUUCUCUGAGCGUCAUUGGUCCUAUGGCGAUAGUCGAGAUUGCUCCUGCCGAGAUUCGAGGCCUCCUUGCAGCCUGGUAUACCGUGGCGAUGGGUGUGGCUUUGUUCACAUCCGUCUUUUGCGUCUAUGGGAUCUUUCUUCACAUGGCACCUAGCAACCUUCAGUACCAAGUGGUCUGGUUUUCGCCCGCCAUCUGCAUGGCUUUUGCCAUCGUUGCAAGCUUCUUCAUUGUGGAAUCUCCAAGAUGGCUCUUGAUGAGAGACAGGCGCGAUGAAGCUAUUGCCGUUCUAGUCGACGUCAGACGCAUGCCGGUGGAUAGUCCUCGCCUUCAAAAAGAGGUGGCAGAUAUCGAAGCCUCGAUCAGUGGUGUACAUGCAGGCUUGCUGGGAAUUGCCAAAGAAACUUUUACCGUGCCCUCGAACCUGCGUCGACUUUCACAAGCUCUGAUAUCCUACGCUCUUGCGCAACUAUCCGGAGCCAAUUCGGUCACCUCUUACUUUGUUCCCAUCAUGAGCAUCAUCGGAGUAGGCGGGGGCACUUCACAGAGCAUGUUCCUGAGCGGCAUGUACGGCUUCUCCAAGUUUAUCUUCUCUUUGAUCGCCUCGUUCUUCUUCAUCGAUGCGUUGGGAAGACGUCGAUCUCUUUUUGUUGGUAUUACCCUACAGCUCAUCUCGCAUGUCUAUAUUGGUGUCUUCAUCAAGUACCAUCAAGAAGGCCCGGUGAGCAAUGGAGCAUCGCAAGCGGCUAUUGCAGCUUUGUUCUUCCACGCAUUCGGAUACGCUGUUGGACUCUUCGUAUUGCCCUAUAUCUUUGGUGGUGAGCUCUGGCCUAACCACCUCCGAUCCUUUGGCGGUGCUGUCAGCCAAACCUUCCACUGGCUCUUUAUUUAUGCCGUCAAGUACAGCAUUCCGUCGCUCCUUAAAACCACUGACAACUGGGGUGCUUUUCUCUUCUUUGCUGGGUGGUGCUUCCUGGGUCUUGUCUACGUCUUCUUCAUGGUCCCAGAGGUGUCGGGGCUCACUGUCGAGGAAAUUGAUCAUCUCUUUAAAGGGUCGUGGUUCACUGCCUACAAGAGAUCGCAGAGGCUGCCCGUGCUUAGAAGCGUGGAAGAAGGAGCAGCUGGGAGGGAGGCAUCUCUGGAACAGAAGGAUCACAUUGAAGUUCCUGCCAAAAACUGA